AUGGGGGGUGAUCCUCUGAAGAGCAUCGAGGUGGAGCUGGAGGUGAGGGACCUGAACUACGAGAACAAGGAGGACCAACCACUAGAAGCUGUUUUUGUCUUCCCUCUGCCUGGAGAUGCGGCUGUCUGUCAUUUCAGUGCUAAGAUUGGACAGACGCAGAUUGUGGCUGAGGUGAAGGAGAAACAGCAGGCCCAUGAGGACUAUGAUGAUGCGCUGAGCUCCGGUCAGCAGGCCUUCCUAUUGGAGGAGAGUGAGCAGAGUCCAGAUGUAUUCUGUCUGAGUGUGGGCAGUCUGCCUCCAGGAGAGAGCGCCUCCAUCAGGCUGGAGUACGUCAGUGAGCUGGCUGUGCAGGCUGAUGAGGGGCUGAGGUUUUGUCUGCCUGCUGUUAUGCAGGUGCUGCGGUUUGCUCUGCAGCCAACUGAGGUGGACAUCUCAGUUCAGUGGGAUUUACCAAAAGGAGUGUCUGUCACUCAUCUCUCUCCACCAAUCACUGCACUUUUCCAGGGUCAGAGGUCACUGGUUUAUGUUCAGAUCACCGGACAGAGUACAGCUUGGCAGGUCGUCCCUCUCAAAACCAGCUUCGCUUCAGUCUCAAACCUGCAGAGGACACAGUUUUUGAUCAGUCAGCAGACAUGUGGUGUCAUUUACUGGGUAGUGAGGUUUACUCCUCUCUCCUGUCUGCAGAUUAACAGUCCACAGGUUGGGUGCUCAGACUCUAAUUCGCUCCCUGGAGAUGGAGGAGAGAUAUCACAGAGGACAGCAAGAUGGAGUAGCGAAGAAGAAGACGGUGGAGCUCAGUGUCCAGUCGGGAGUGAGAAGGUCCCUCACUGCCUUUGUUGCUGUCAACAAAAGCAACAGCGAGCCGAUUCAAGGACCUCUGGUGCGCAGACAUGUUCCAACACCACAAACACUCACCGCCUUAACACUGCACGUGUACAUCUAGCCUGGCAGCGUUCUCCUUCACCCUGCAUGAUGAUGGUAGAUUGCUUCUUAGACAUAGUUUUUCGUGAGAGUAGAAUUGGACCCGAGCAUCCACCCAGAGACCCUUUGCUGCGGUUGGUCUCCCUCCAGAAGGCCUCUGGCUGCUGGCUGCUAGAUCCAGUUCCGGCUGCUGCACUGGGAAAGACCAGCGAGAAGGUGGAAAAGCCAAAGCCUGCAUCGGUCAACAAGGAAGUGUGGGCGACCAUUCUGGCUCUGAUCUGGCUUCAUGCUCUCAAGAUGGAUUCUAAGGAAGAGUGGGAUCUUCUGGCUAUGAAGGUUGUGUCAUGGCUCCGUGCUCAGAAUGCAGCAUGUGUGGCAGAGUGUGCUGAAGCUGGAAAUACACUGUUGGGUUGCGAGGUGCAGAAAGAUGUCCUGGGGCUCUGAGGUUUUCAUUAAACUGGCCCCCCCCUUCAGAAUUGGUACACAGAAGCAGAUUGUCUCCAUCCUACAACCUUUACAUUCUCAACAUUGCACUUCAAUCUUGGCACUGCUUAAAUUUAACCAUGUAGUUGUUUGAUUUGUAAGCGACUUAGAUUUGCGCUAUUUUAUCAAAUAUAAAAGUGUAAAUGGUGAGAGGACAUACAUAGACACUACUAUAUACUGUGCAUUCACAAACUGACUGACAGGAAUUAAAAGUUUGGCGGUUCAUAAUUAUGUUUCUAAAUUUAAUUCUAAAUUUAAUUCUUUGUCUUUGUGCAUACAAAAGGUCAUGUCAUGAAAUUUGUUUCUGAUUAUGUUGUUUUAAUUCUGUGCUAUGAAGGUGACAGGAGAUGUGUGUGUCAAGGAUAUCAAGCCUUGUAGUUUACAAUAUUCCUAUAAGCAUUUAUAAAGUAAAGUAUGCUAGACUAUGUGAAUUGACAGUGACGUUAACAUACUUUACAAUGUUUUAAUGAUCAGUAUAGUAUUCCUACAGUGUCUAUUAUCAUUGAUAGAAGUUUGUUAUGAGUAUUUCACCUACAAAUGAAACAGUCCCUAUACUGUAUAUACUGAUACUGUAUGAAAACCUCCACCAACCAGUCAAGUUGCACUUUACAUCCAUGUCUAUCCAGACUCAUAUAAUAUAUGUAGUGAGGACUUGUAGGGAAUUUCAUGAAAGAUUCAGUAUCCAACCAAAUGUGAAAUAUGGUCACAAUCACCCAUUCUGUUCCUGAGUUAUGGCAUUGUAUAAUAUCCAGAAAUCAUCAUGAUGUCACAGUGAAGUAGACCUUUGACCUUUUAGAUAUAAAAUGCCAUCACUUCAUCAUUUUAUCCUAUUAAACAUUUUGUGAAAUUUUGUCACAGUUAGCGCAUGAAUUCUUGAGUGAAGUCCCAGUGACCUUGACCUGUGACGUUUCAUCCUCUGGCUGGAGUAACCUUCUAAUGACUUAAUUCUUGAGUCCAAGUGAAAGUUUGUGCCAGAUAUGAAGAAAUGAAUUUGUCUUUCUGGUUGUGUUGUGUGUGUGCAGCACCUGUUGUCAAACUGAUGACGACGUUUUCUUGAUUUGCUUGUGUUUUGUCUAUUUGCAUGUGUUUUCUUAAGUUGCAGUGCGUCGACCUGUCUCAGACACUGUACUUAAUGCCUCUACCCACUGCUGUCACUAGCACGGUGGCAUAAAAAUAUCAGCUUGCUAUGCACUAUAUGUACUUCAUAUGCAGGUACCAGCAGUCAACUGUAUUGACCACCCCUCCUUUCUUCCCUUACUUCAUGUUGCUUCACCUUCAACCGGUCUUUCGUUACCACUGGAAAUUAACCAACUCCACAAGGCUUUUGGCAAACUUCUCCCUGUAGUUCUUGUGUGUCAAAAUUGAAAAGGUUCCUUUUAUAGUGUAGGUAAUCAAUAAAAUUACCAGCAAUUUGUUAAAAGUACUGAGGUGUCAGAUGAACCUGCAGCUUGGCUUCAGUCAGCCAAGUAGUUAGAUAAAUGGUUCCUUUUCUACAACAUGGUCAGUGCACCACAGCACCCCUGACUCUUGAUUUAUUUUCUUCUUACAAUCAUUUCAUUUUUCUUU